UCACGUGGCAUUUGGCGAUCCCUGACUCUUGUCAAUUUCACAGGCAGCAAAUUUGAUUGGACAAUCUGUACCGGCGUCUGCCCCUCUCGCACGGAGUAAUAGUACGUCACUUCCGCUAACACAAGUCUUGAGGAAUAUAUUGUCAGUGAACGAGCAGACGAUUUAGUGAUGGAAAAUGUCGUGUUUACAGUCAAGUCUCAGUGAACGGGGUCGGGUGUGAUGUUCACAUUUCUUGUUCAAUAUGGAGGUACAGCAGAGUCGUUCCCGAUCACCAACAACGAGUUUUAAAACAAGUUCCCAUUCAGCUUUUACGAAACCGACAUCUUCACCUGAAAGUUCACCUGUUGUCGAAGAAAGAGAAACUGAACUGGUCAAAUGUCCUCCGAAGUCCAGUUCGAGCUCUGACAAUAUGACUAACACUUCUGGUCCAAAGGAAAGACUAUCAUUCAGUGUAGAAUCUAUCAUAUCAGACAAUCGCGUGAAGCGAGCAGACGACACAUGUAAUGGUGCAGACGACGCAGAUCAUGACGUCGUGUGUGAAGACGACUCUGCGUCAUCAUGUGCGUCACCGCCGUGUUCACCAUCAUCGUCAGUUUCAUCUCCGUCGUCGCAUGUCGCCCACUCGUCAUUCAGUGUGGCUGAUAUUCUUGGGAAAUCAAGUCAGAAAUCCCCAUUGGCAACGAACUCUUAUCCGGUCCCAUACGGCCAACGUCUCGGGGAGACCAAGUGGGGCGUGUCCUGUCGUUCCCCACACUCCUGGCUGCCCCUCGCCCCCGGGAUACCCACUCCAACUAGUACCCCACCGCGGAUCCAGGCCCCUACGAAAUGCACAUUGCGCAAGCACAAACCAAACCGGAAGCCGAGAACACCUUUUACUACGUCCCAGCUGUUAGCUCUGGAGCGGAAGUUCCGUGAAAAACAGUAUCUGUCCAUUGCGGAGAGGGCCGAAUUUUCAGCGUCCCUGAAUCUGACGGAAACUCAAGUCAAAAUCUGGUUCCAGAACAGACGUGCAAAAGCAAAACGACUCCAAGAGGCGGAGUUGGAAAAACUUCGAAUGGCAGCAAAGCCAAUGUUGCCACCGACAUUUGGAAUAGCAAUACCAUCGUCCACUGCCUCGUCAGCUUCCUUAUAUGGACAUCAUUUAAGAGCGCAUUUCUUACAUCCGGGGACUUUUUCCGGAUUUGGACUUUUCCCCGGAUCCUCAGGACUGUCGCUGUAUCCCCACUGACACAAGCGCAGAAUACCCACACUCAGUUAUAAAGAAUUAUUAUUUGUACCUUUUGCACAAUCACUUUGAAAUAUGUUAAAGACCCCCUCCAUCGAUCGGUUCCUGAGAUAUUCUGCAAUAUUUGACCACCAGCUAUGUCUUCGUGACCAUGACGGACACAAGCCUGUAUUCGUAUUGACCAGAAUUAGCGCAGAAUGAUUCUCCAUGUUUAAUUCUAGUUCAGUUGGUGUUUUUUGUUAAAAUACUAAAUAGCAGGAAAUUGUUAUAAACCUUUAAUCUGUUUGGUUCAGUGCUCUGGUUAAAAACAAGUGCUUUUAAGGGGAAGUUAUCUUUGAAUUUAAUUUCCCCUGUGGUGGUUUUCCCAAUUCAUUUAAGAUAUAUUUCGUGCCAUGAACUCUGGACUGGAUCCCGAUACGGUGCCCACAGUCUCACCACGACAAAAGACUGACUGGACAGGCGGACCGAUACUAAUUUAUUACAUGAAUCCAUAUUUGGCAUGUCGCCGAAAAGUGGAGUCUGUCUUCAAAACAAUCACUUUCUAAUAUGAGAAAUGAUUGAAUCUUGUUUUUGUACACAAACUUUUAUUGUAAAUAAAAUACCGACCAGCGA